CCGCGGUCCGACAGCGGAGUAGCCCUGCUAUAGUCUACUAAAUUAAUUUAUUUCACUCUUCUUUACUUUACACUGUUUGCCAGAUAAAUCAAACAAAUAGCCAAAUAAAAUGUCAGGCAAAGGGGGAGCUUUGUCAGACUCAAGUGAUUCCGAAAAUGAAAAAAAGAUAAAAGCAAAGUUAAGAAAAGAACAGAAGAAAUCUGCAACAAAGCGCAAACAAGCAGAUACAGCGGCACCUGAAGCAAAGCGACCUGCUGGGAAUAGCAGACAACAGGAUGGUAAUAAAGAAGAAAAAUUAUCAAUUGGUAAAAUGAAAUUCGUCACCGUGAGAGAAUUCAAGAAUAAAAUUUAUGUUGAUAUUCGUGAACAUUAUGAAAAAGAUGGAGAAUUAUUACCAGGAAGGAAAGGUGUCAGCCUUCCAGCCGAGCAGUGGCAAAAUUUAAAGUCACUAAUAGAUGACAUCGAUGAAAAGAUUCAACAAAUGUGCUGAAAAGUUCCUGAAGCUUCUGUUGCAGUCGUUUAUGCUUGAAGAGUGGUUCUUACAGGAUA